AUGCAUUUCCCCGGCCCCUGGCGGGUAUUGAAGGGCCUUUUGAUCACACUCCUUUUCACUGAUUCUGUGCAUGCGAUCACCUUGGAUAUCACCGAUGAACAAUCCAUCAAAGAUGCCGCUAGUACAACUGCCUACGCUAUGAUGACCUACUAUCAUGGCAACGAAACUGGCCAUAUUCCUGGAGCUUUCCCAGACAAGUGGUGGGAAGGUGCAGCCCUAUUCCUAGCCCUCCUCCACUACUGGCAUUUCACAGGAGACACCACCUAUAACGCCGAAUUGCGCGUGGGUCUAGAAUGGCAAGCCGGUGAUGAUGAUUAUAUGCCAACUAAUUAUAGUUCCUGGAUUGGAAACGACGACCAAAUGUUCUGGGGCCUUGCAGCCAUAACCGCCGCUGAAUUCGAAUUCACCGAUGCCACCGAUGUUGGAAGUGACUAUUCGUGGCUCUCCCUCGCACAGGGUGUUUACAACUAUCAAGUCAAUGAAUGGGAUACAUCAUCCUGCGGUGGUGGAUUGCGAUGGCAGAUUUGGACCUACGAAUCCGGUUACGACAUGAAAAACUCCAUCUCCAACGGUGGACUCUUCCAAUUAGCAGCACGCCUUGCACGAUACACAGACGAUUCAGAAUAUGCUGAUUGGGCCCAAAAGAUUUGGGACUGGUCGGUAUCCUCUCCUCUUCUCAGCAACUCAACCUGGAACGUGGCCGAUUCCACAGAAACGACGAACGACUGUGCCACUCAGGGCGAUGACCAGUGGUCUUACAAUUAUGGUACAUACUUGAUGGGUGCUGCCUAUAUGUACAAUUAUACAAACGGUAGCUCUACUUGGCUCACUGCUGUCGAUGGUCUAUUGAACAGAACACUUGAUGGCUUUAUCCAUGAUGGUACAUAUAUUUUGGAAGAAAAACUAUGCGAGCCAUCCGAGGCUUGUAAUGACAACGAGAUUCUCUUCAAGGGACUGGUCUCAACUUGGCUAUCGCUCACGGCCAUUUUGGUCCCCUCCACCUAUAACACGAUUUUGCCUUACCUUCAAGGUUCCGCCAAGGCUGCUGCUUUAUCCUGCACGGGUCAUAACAACAACACCUGUGGAGUCAGAUGGUACCAGUCCGACUAUGAUGGCUGGAUCGGCAUGGAAGAAGAGAUCAGUGCAACGAACAUCUUUGUUGCCAACAUGAUUGCAUUCGAUCAGUCAGCCCCAGUCACAUCCACCACUGGUGGUAACAGUACCAGUGUUCCCGAUGCCGGUGAAAAUGAUACAUCCGCUGAUUCCACCUCGUUAAGCGCAAUUACCACUGGAGAUCGAGCCGGAGCUGGUAUCUUGACUGUGGUGUUUGUUGCAGGCUGGGUGGGUCUCAUGAGCUGGACUGUCUUGGGUGGCUAA